CAGAACAUCUCCCCUUUGUUUUGUCGCUAAUUUCACUUGGUAUCUGUCUGAAUGACGUUCCUGUCAAGUUCCAUUGAAAGGAACAAAAAUCCAGAAACUAUUCGUGUUUUCGCAUAAUUAUCACAUUUUUUCCACUCUAAAAUUUUUAAUAUUAAAUUCAAAUUACAAUGAUGGCCGAGUCGGAUGCAACGGUAGACGCCACAAGACGACUCAAUGUUAAAAAACAAACUUUAGACGAUGCAUAUGCGGCGCCGGCGAAUUUUCUAGAAAUCGACGUAGUUAAUCCAGUAACUACUAUUGGCGUAGGCAAAAAGAGAUUCACUGAUUAUGAAGUUAAAAUGAGAACAAAUUUGCCUGUAUUUAAAAUAAAGGAAUCUAGCGUAAGGCGGAGAUAUAGUGAUUUUGAAUGGUUAAGAAAUGAAUUGGAGAGAGACAGUAAAAUUGUUGUGCCUCCGUUACCUGGCAAGGCCUGGAAAAAACAGCUCCCUUUCAGAAGUGAUGAUGGGAUAUUUGAAGAAGAUUUCAUUGAGGAACGAAGAAUAGGUUUAGAAGUAUUUAUUAAUAAAAUUGCUGGACAUCCACUGGCCCAAAACGAACGGUGCUUGCAUAUGUUCUUACAAGAACCUCAGAUCAAUAAAAAUUAUGUUCCAGGCAAAAUUCGUAAUACGUAAAAUGACAGUAACUGUAGGUUCAUUAAAUUCCAUUUGUUUGAUCUUAUUUUAAAAUUAUGUAUUCCUAAAAACAAAUUUUAUCUAUGUGUAAGUAUUCUAUAAUCUAGUUGUAUGUGUUAUUAUUGAUAUUGUUUAAACUCAUAUAUUUUCCUAAAUUUAUGUAAACAACUUAUUUAAGGAAAUUUUACACAUUAUUUUAUUAUAUUUGGAAUAUUGUUUAUUCCGUGCUUAAACAUUUGUAAAAUAAAUAUUUUAGGCUAUAAAUGUAUAGAAUGUCGGUUAUAUAUAUUUACUCAAAUAAAUUUAUUUAUAUGCUAUUGA